AUGCCUGGAAAGCCGAGCGACUGGGACAACUCCGAGUUCCUCAUGGAUCUCACUCUUGCGCUCUACACGGGUGCGCAGGUCAACAAGGGCCUGACUCCGGCCAUCAAGGAUUCUAUCGAGGAGUAUCUCAAGUCUCGUGGAUACUCGACAUCCUUUGAUGCUGUUCGGAUCAUGUCGAAGCGCCAGAUUAUGACGUGGGACGCCAACGUCCAUGAAGAUAUCCUCAUUUGCCUAUUCCAGCACGUCAAGCCUACUGCUGAAGAUUGGAGCCUCGUCAUGAGAGAUCUUCAGGGAAAGGGGUACUCUUUCACCGAGGGUGCCCUUCGGUACGACGCUUUGCAUUUCUGUUUUUCAUGUUUGCUGCCUGCCUAG